AUGUUGAGAUAUUUUAAAAGGGUAUCUCAAAUAUCUAAUGAAGAAAAUGUUGAGGCAAAGAAACAACGCAUUGAGGAAAUUUCUAUCGAAGAAAAUGUCGAGGCAAAGGAAGCCAGUGGUAAGGAUGCUACUGUUGGAGAAAAUGAUAAAGCAAAGGAAGCAAGUAUUGAUGACACUAAUUUUCAAGAAAAUGAUGAGGUAAAGAAAGCAAGUAUUGAGCAUAUUGAUGUUGCACAACUUCCCACGGAUCCCGGAUUAAGAACUCCAAUAUUGGAUUAUAAUGUUAAUCUUCGAGAUCAAAUAAGAAGAGCAUGCUUGCAGAGAGGUCCGUGUCAACCUCGGAGUCAUGUGUUUCCACGUAAAAAAUCAAGGCGAUUCAUUCCUGCUUGGUUCAAUGAAUAUUCUGAUUGGUUAGAAUAUAGUAUAAGUAAAAAUACUGCAUUUUGCUUAUACUGUUAUCUUUUCGGACCAAACAAUGGGGAACAAGGAGGUGGUGAUGCUUUUGUAAAAGAAGGGUUCCAUAAUUUUAAAAAGAAGGAUAGACUUGGAGUUCAUGUUGGAGAUGUCCAUAGUGCACACAAUCAAGCCCGAAGAAACUGUGAAGCCUUGAUGAAUCAAGAGCAACAUAUUGAGACAGUUUUAUUCAAGCAGUCAAAAAGAGCACGGAGUGCAUAUCGAAUUCGUUUGAAUGCAUCAAUUGAUUGUAUACGACUUCUUUUACGUCAAGGACUAGCUUUUCGUGGUCAUGAUGAGUGUGAAGAGUCAAAUAAUCAAGGUAACUUUCUUGAACAAUUGAAAUUUCUAGCUGAUCAUAAUGAAAAGAUUAAAGCUGUCACUUUGAAAAAUGCUCCAAAAAAUCACAAACUAACAUCACCAAAAAUUCAGAAGGAUAUUGUAAGUGCUGGAGCUAUUGAAAUGAUUGAUGUUAUCAUCAAAGAUAUUGAUGAUACAUUCUUUUCAAUUUUAGUUGAUGAAUCUCAAGAUAUCUCAGUGAAGGAGCAAAUGUCUGUUGUUUUAUGUUAUGUUGAUAAGACAAGACAUGUGGUUGAACGUUUUAUUGGAAUUGAACAUGUUUCCAGUACUACAGCUCUAUCAUUUAAAGCGGCUAUAGAUAAAUUAUUUUCAAGAUAUGGGUUGAGUAUAUCCAGAUUGCGAGGUCAAGGUUAUGAUGGGGCGAGUAAUAUGCAAGGUGAGUUCAAAGGUCUUAAAACACUUAUUUUGAAAGAGAAUCCAAGUGCCUUUUAUGUUCAUUGUUUUGCUCAUCAACUUCAAUUAGCUCUUGUAGCUAUGGCAAAGAAGCAUAAGAAAAUCCCAAAACUCUUUAAUUUGGUUUCUAGCAUGGUGAAUAUUGUUGGAGCUUCUUCUAAACGUUGUGAUAUUCUCCGAGAGAAACAAGAAGCCAUAAUUUCUGAAGCACUCAUUAAUGGUGAGAUUUCAAGUGGGCGAGGUCUUAAUCAACAAAGUACUAUUGCACGUUUUGGUGAUACACGUUGGGGAUCGCAUUAUCGUACUUUGGUUAGUUUGAUAUUGAUGUUCUCACCUAUAAUUGAUGUCAUUGAAAUGAUUUCAAUUGAUGGAUCAACCCGUGAACAAAGAUGUGAUGCUGAUAAUUUAUUGGACUCAAUGCAGUCAUUUGAGUUUGUGUUUAAUUUACACCUCAUGAGAACUAUCUUAGGAAUUUCCAAUGAAUUGUCUAUGGCAUUACAAAGAAAAGAUCAGGAUAUCGUAAAUGCCAUGAGUUUAGUGACAGUAUGCAAACAAAGACUCCAAGAAAUGAGGGACAAUGAGUGGGAUUCCUUUUUGGAUGAAGUCAUUUCUUUUUGUCAAAAGCAUAAUAUUGAUGUUCCUGAUAUGGAUAGUGUGUUUGUACGCCCAGGUCGCUCACGGCGUAAUACUGAAGAAAUGACAAAUUUUCAUCGCUUUCGUGUGGAUUUAUUUUAUUCUGUCAUUGAUAUGCAACUUCAAGAAUUGAAUGAUCGUUUUUCUGAGGUAAGUACAGAGUUACUUCUUUGUUUAGCAUGUUUAUGCCCCGAUGAUUCAUUCUCUGCUUUUGACAAGGAUAAAUUAAUUCGUCUUGCUAAGUAUUAUCCUAAAGAUUUUUCAAAGAUACAGCUCAUGACACUUGAUGAUCAGCUUCGAAACUACAUUGUUGAUAUGCGCUCUAACAAGGAGUUCAGAGAAUUGAAGGGACUUAGUGAACUUGCAUUGAAGUUGGUUGAGACCAAAAGAAAUAAAGUGUAUCCAUUAGUUUACAUGCUUGUGACUUUAGGAUUAACUCUUCCAGUUGCUACUGCUUCAGUUGAAAGAGUAUUUUCGGCUAUGAACAUUGCGAAGAAUCGAUUGCGUAAUCAAAUUGGAGACCAGUGGAUGAAUGAUAGCUUAGUUGUGUAUGUGGAAAAAGAUGUAUUUAACGAAAUUGAUAACAAGACUAUUAUACGGCGUUUUCAAAGUAUGAGAAGCCGUAAGGAACAAUUGUAA